AUGACCUGCGCUCAGGCUGCAAGUGCAGAAGGAGGUGAGGGUGGAAGCGGUGCUUCUGAAGGCGGUGGUGGUGAGGCCGAGGGCGCAGCGGAGGAGGGUGCAGCCGAGAGCGCCCCGUCGGGCGAGGGCCAAGGAUCCCUAGGAUCCGAGGCAGUGGAGUCGGAGAAGCUUUAUGCUCUGCCCCUUUUCCGGAAGCCGGCUUUCCCAGGGUUUUACCACAUCGUCCAGAUCACGUCGCCGCACAUUUUCGAGUUCAUCUCCACCUUACAGGCUUCUGGCCAGGGCGACUUCCUAGCAGGCUUCCUGACCACGGAGCUGCCCGCCGAGUUUGCGGACGCACCGCAGAGUGAGACUGCAGCGCCGUUGGUCUCGGUCCCCCCAGAGUCCCUGCAGCAAGCGGAGAAGAAGCCUCCGCGGAAGGACACGGGCAAGGUGGACAGCGCCGAUGAGCUCAUGGAGGUCGGCACGAAGCUGCAGGUGGUCUCUCUGAACGCCAACACGCCCAGCGGCAAUGGUGGCAACCUUGUCGUCAUGCCCACAGGAAGAAUCCGGAGAGUCGCGACGACCUUGCAGCCAGGAAGUGGGAGGCCUCUGUGCCAAGUGGAGACGGUGCCCUUGCCAAGCCACAAAGUUCCAAGCUCUGCCGAUGCGAAGCUCAGCAUCGAAAUUCGUGCGUUGCACCAUGAGAUGGUUGCAACCAUGAAGGAGCUGCUGAAGAUGAGUUUUGUGAACAAGGACCAGUUUGAGCAGGUCAUCAAGUACUACAGCUUAGAUGACCCCCUCAAGCUGGCCGACCUAGCCGCGGGCAUGUCCAGCGCGCCGCGGCAAGACCUCCAAGAUGUCUUGACAUGCGAGGACCCCACAGAGAGGCUGCGUAAGGUGCUGCUGAUUCUGAAGAAGGACCUGGAGAGCACGCGUUUGCAAAGCCAGUUCCGAACGCAGAUCGAAGACAAGUUUGCGAAAGAGAACAAGAAGUUCAUCCUCAUGCAGCAGCUCCGCUACAUCAAGCGGGAGUUGAACCUAGAACGGGAUGACAAGCAAUCCAUCAUUGCUGCGUUUAAGGAGUGUAUCAAGAACUUGGGUGACAAGAUCCCUGAGGAGGCCGCCAAGGUGAUGGACCAGGAGCUAAGCAAGCUCGGCACCCUUGAGCCGCAGUCCGCAGAGUUUAAUGUUUGCCGUACAUACCUCGAAUGGCUCACUGCUCUUCCGUGGGGUAAGUUCAGCGAGGACAACACGGACAUCGAAAAGGCUGAACAAAUCCUGAAUGAGGACCACUACAGCCUGGAGGAUGUCAAAGAGCGGAUCCUGGAGCACAUGGCAGUGAGCUUCCUCAAAGGCUCCGUGCAUGGAAAGAUCAUGUGCUUGGUCGGACCACCGGGUGUUGGCAAGACGUCGAUCGGCAAAAGCAUUGCGAGGGCAUUGGACAGGCAGUUCUUCCGCUUCUCGGUUGGUGGCUUGCAUGACGUGUCCGAGAUUCGCGGGCAUCGUCGAACCUAUGUUGGUGCGAUGCCGGGCAAGAUCAUACAAGCUUUGAAGAUCAAGCAAGUUUCCAAUCCCGUCAUCCUUGUGGAUGAAGUCGACAAGCUUGGCCGUGACUUCCGUGGGGAUCCUUCGUCAGCCCUACUGGAGGUUCUCGAUCCCGAGCAGAAUUCUGCUUUCAGAGACUUGUACCUGGAUGUGCCCAUAGACCUCUCGAAGGUGCUUUUUAUUUGCACUGCAAAUGUUACCGAUACAAUUCCAGGACCUCUUCUAGAUCGUAUGGAGGUCAUCAGACUGGCUGGCUACGUCUAUGAGGAGAAGUUGGCGAUAGCCAAUCAGUACCUAAUCCCGCAGACAAUUGCCACAAACGGUGUUCCGCAAGAGCUUCUCGAGCUACAGCCGGAGGCCCUUGCAGAACUCAUCCGCGACUACGCGCGGGAAGCUGGCGUGCGCGAGCUGCGCAAGCUCUUAGAAAAGAUCACUCGGAAAGUGGCUUUAAGCCUCGUUCGUGUGGAGCAAGAAGCGCGCGAGCGCUCCAUCAUCUCCACCGACAACCUGCGAAAAUUUGUAGGUCAACCGCCCCACUCUUCGGAGCGGCUUUUCCAGGAGGCCCCCAGCGGUGUGGCUAUGGGUUUGGCCUGGACGGCCUUGGGGGGGCAGACGCUUUUUGUGGAGGCACGCGGCCGCGUGCCUGCCAGCAAUGAAACGAUGACAGAUGCAACGCUGUCUCUGGACGCUACAGCAUCGGCUGACGGCAGUAGUGACACUAGCGAUACGCCUUCAUCGAGCUCCAAGAGCCCGCGGCCGCGGAAUGCGGGACCGCGCAUGAAGGUGACAGGAAAGCUAGGAAAGGUGAUGGGCGAAUCAAGCGAGAUCGCGCUCACCUACGCACGAAUCUUCCUGCGUGAGCUUGAACCAAAGAACGAGUUCCUAGACCACGCACAUAUCCACAUGAACAUGCCAGAGGGUGCCACUCCAAAGGAUGGACCAUCUGCCGGAGUAACAAUGACAUCGGCUUUGCUCAGCAUGGCCCUUGAUCGGCCAGUCAAGCGAGACAUGGCCAUGACUGGCGAGGUCACAUUGACAGGCAAGGUGCUUCGAGUCGGCGGUAUCAAAGAGAAGACGCUGGCUGCCAGAAGAGAGAAUGUUGACAUGCUGGUCCUACCCAUGUCCAACCAGGCAGAUUAUUUAGAACUGAAGCCCUACCUGCGAGCAGGCCUCACGGCCCACUUCGUCGACCACUACGACGACGUGUACCGGCUUGCUUUCGAGGACACUGGCGCGCCGAUGCCAUGCGGUUCCAGGGGCAGCGAAGUGGUGACCGUGGUCACUCCCUUGGAGGAAGGGCAGCUACCGAUUUUCAUGGCUGCAGCAAGUGGCGAAUCUGCGACCACUGGUGCUCAGGUGCAGUGA